AUGAGUCGGUGGCGUCGAUCGGUGGAUGAGCUCGCUGCACGGCGCCGGCAGCAGGGUGAAUGUGAGCGAGCGCAGGAGGCUCUCAGUAGGGUCACCUCUUGUUUCCAGCAGCUGGCGGCAUCGCUCGGCAGCUCAGCAGACUGCAGCUUCCUGCGAGACGAGAUGGACGAAACGAGGGUGCUCGCUCAUCGGAUCUGCAGUGGUCUUUCCCGGCGUCUGGUGCGUCUGCUGUCAGACAGUGACUCCAAUCCCUCAGGUAUAGAGGACAGGCAGGUGUCAGAACGGCUGUGGGUUGUCUUUCUGUCAGCGUUGGAGAACUUCCUGUCUGACCUCCAUAAAGCGAGCGAUCUGAUUGGACAGUUCCCUCUGACUCAGCGCUACGACAGACGCUCAUUGGUCAACACAGGAUGUAUCGAUGGCAUGGUGGGUGUGGCAGCCCGGGUGGCUUUAGUCCAGGUCCCGUGGCUCACUUUGGAGGAGCAGCCGAGUCCUGAUCUGAACAAUCACAUCGCAGGAUUGGAGGACAUGCUGAGUGAGAUGCAGCUAAGGGUGCCUGUUGCAUUCUGGUCGGUGGAAGCGUCCCAGCCGGCCUGGGCUGAAGCACGCAGUGAACUGGAAGAGCUGGAUGAUAGCCUGGAGGACCUGAUGGAGGUUGAGGUCGCCUCACACAACAAAUCCAAGAUGGCUGUCUGUUGCCAGCCACCGUGCUGCGGACUGGGCUGUAUCAGCUAG